ACCCCAAGGCGCCAAACUACUAUGAUCCGCUCAGCAUCCCCGGCACCGACGGCAGAGACCACAGCCGGCAACGGCGCCUGCUGUCGGUCGGCUUCUCGGCCCAGUUUAUCAAGGAGCAGCAGGCCAUCAUCAACCAGUACGUCGACCUGCUCAUGGACCAGCUCCGCAAGUUCGGCGAGGGCGGGUCCAACCCUCUCGACAUGGUCACCUGGUUCAACUGUACGACGUUCGACAUUGUGGGCGACCUUGCGUUCGGCCAGCCCCUUGGCUCUCUCAGGAACGGCAGCUACCAUCCGUGGGUGUCGCUCAUCUUCGUGCACGUCAAGCUGGGAACGUACAUGUAUUCCAUCGCCCAGCUACCCCUCCUGGCAAAAGUCAUCAAGGCCUGCAUUCCAAAGUCGAUGACGACACAGGUUGAGCAGCACCAUGCGCUAACAAAGGAGCUUGUCGACACGAGGCGGGCCACCGACACGGCACGACUCGAUCUCAUGCACGCCAUGUCCCGAACGCCCAAUGGCUUGUCCAUGAGCAUCGAAGAGAUCUACAGCAACACAGGCACGCUCGUGGUGGCCGGGUCGGAGACGACCGCCACCGCGUUGUCGGGACACUUGUACCACCUGUUGAAGACCCCGGAGGCCUUGAGGAGGGUAACGGACGAGGUCCGCAACGGAUUCGAGUCGGAAGAUGAGAUCAACUAUGCGAGCGUCGAGAAACUGACCUACCUAGACGCCUGCAUACGCGAAGCGUUGAGGAUCUAUCCGGCCGUCCCCAGUACCGUCCCUCGGAUCACGCCGCCGGAGGGGAACAUGAUAUUCGGCGAAUACGUGCCGCCAGGCACAAUCCUCGACAUAUGGCAGUGGCCCAUGUCGACCAACGAAGAGUACUUCAAGGACGCGAACAAGUUCGUCCCGGAGCGCUGGCUAGGGGAUGCGGCUUAUGACCGGGACCAGAAGGAGGCGUCGCAGCCGUUUUCGCUGGGACCCCGCGAUUGUCUCGGAAGAAACCUUGCUUAUGGCGAAAUGCGCAUCAUUCUGGCCCGCCUACUCUGGAACUUUGACAUGCGACUUGCCGAGGAAAGCAAGAACUGGGGAGAGAACCAGGAGGUCUACAUUGUGUGGUUCAAGCCGCCGCUCAAAGUUCACCUUACCCCACGAAACUAGGAGCAACCCAGUCGGCGACUCAUGUGUUGCUGAAUCGUGCCGGAGAAAGAGGAAAGCACCCAUGCGUGAAAUGCCACCUGGGCAGUACGUGUAUAGAAGCUGCAGCAGGGGGGGGAUUAACGAGUGGGCUGGUGUGUGGCCAGGAUGGCGGACGUUCAGUGUUGAGCCAAGCUGAGGGUUUGUCUUGCCUUGGUACCGACUAAUAAGAAUUUAGAGCUAGAUACUGUUACUAAAAAACGUCCUUCAUCUGUGGAAUUCCAAAGCUUAUCUGGUCUGUCUUGCAAUAGUCUUGUAUAUCUUAGUUCAUCUUACGUAGUCGUGC